UUUUACUUUUGCCAACUUUACCCAGUCGCUAGGCAACCGUUGUCAUGCAAACAUCUCGAUGCAAGUAACAUGACCCGCAUAUACAUAAGUAGUUAUCAUCAUGCAGCGAAUAAAGAUUUUACUAUAUAAGCCACGUUUUGUUAGCCCGAGUAGUUUAGAAUUUACAAAUUUUGUCAUGUGUUUGCACUAAAUAGCAAAAUUAGCUGAAUAAUCCGUUGACUUUAUUAAAAGUUAAAUAAUUUAGUGAUGCUGGUGAAUAAUUGUGCAAUUAUUCUGAUCGGUUUGGCGAACUUGGUGAUAUGUGAUGUUAAUAAAUUGUGGGCGACACGGGAAAGUCGCCAAAUUCAAGCUGGGAAUGGCAGGUUGACUUGCUACUAUUGUAAUGUGUACCUUAGAGGGGGUCAGAAUCCCGGGGGAGGUGUCAGUUUUGGAAACCAACCCGGAUACUACCCGCCGAAUCCAGUUGCUGGACAGCAACCCGGGUACUACCCGCCGAAUCCAGUUGCUGGACAGCAACCCGGGUACUACCCGCCGAAUCCAGUUGCUGGACAGCAACCCGGGUACUACCCGCCGAAUCCAGGUUUUGGUCAGCAGCCAAGUCAACCAGAUGGGAAUCGAUUUUGGGGAAGAUGUCCAAUGGGGUCUUUUUAUAGUGAUCAGACAGAAAAAUGCAUCAAGUAUUCGCUGUACAAAAGUGGUGGCUUUGGGUGAUUUAUAAUUUUAAAAGUUUACUUAUGCAUGCUCAUAUGGAUGCAUAUUUACGUGGUAAAUUUAAAGCGAAAAAAUUGUGCACUCUAAUUACUUGCGUUUUUAGUAAUAAAUCUACAAGCUAAAUAAACUGAAUUAUCUAUGUAUAUAGUAAAGGAUACAAAACUAUGUAAUCCAAAUUUAUACCAAACUUUGCUAAUCAUACAUAUAAUUUGUGUCCUAAGGGAUUGGUCUAUUCACAAAUUUUAUUCGUAUGUUGCAUUGAAUUUUAGGUGUCGUUUGAAACAGCUCGUACUGAUUUUAAUCAUCGCUUAUCAAAUUGAUAGCCUUAAGGUGGAAAUAGUGAUACAUUAAAAUUUACGACUUUAUGAAAAUUUAUAAAAACCUGGUCUAACAAAACAUAGAAUUUGGUUUUGUUUGGUAAGAUAUAUUUUUUGCAUUUAUUUAGCUAAGUAAUAAUAAAUUAUACCACCUCCAAUUUUGAUUAUGAGGUAAUAAAUACAUAAAGAUAAGCAUUAUGGGAAAUUUUUAGACCCCGAAGGUGAUCAUGACCACGCCAUGCGAAAAGAAUUCUAAAAAUUAAUCACAGCCAAGAAGGAAAAAAAAUCGAGGAAUAACAUGUGAAUAAAUGACUAUCAACCAAUCACCAUGUGGAUUCGACCGGAUUAGAAACUGCAUAUAUACGUACCUACUAUUAAUUUGUUGGAGUUUGAUAAUGUAGAUAGAUAUUUAUAUUUGUAGUAUGAUGUAAAUAUAAGUAUAUGUAAUUUUGACUUUUUAAAUUUUUUUAAGAUUAUUUUUACGAGUUUUUUCGCGAGGUUACGGAUUUUUAAAAUGUUCGGCUCCUUUGUAGCCAGCUUUUCCCACGUGAAUUGUAUGACAACGUGCAUACAUAUUUGCAAUUUUUAAUACGAAGAUAAAUCGAAUGGAGAAAGUGUAAUUGUUUUCGGAAAAUAAAUACACAUUGUAAUCGGUAACAUGAAC